UUCUCUGAACAUCACAGAACGAGGAUAUUACGUUAUGAUCGUUUCCUGAGUCUUAAGGCACGCGGAAAAUGAUGGAUUACGAUCCAACAGACAUCUUGAGGAAAUAUGGAGAAAGACCUGGACUUUUUCAUAUAUCAUUGAACGCCUCACAAAAUCCACCAGCACAGCAACUGACACAUAGGAUCAAAGUUAUGGAGAAGUUAAUCCGGGACUUCUCAGAAGGAUUUUCAGGUCAAGCGUCUAGAAACUUACUUGGAACAUUCUAUUUCUACAAUAACCAAUACUUAAAAGCUGUUGAAACAUUUCAAGAGGUUCUUAAAAUCGAUCCGAAUUCACUAACUGCCUCAGCAAAUCUUGCAUUUGUCUAUCGGAGAUUGAAGCAACCUUCCAAGGCGGAAAAGUAUUCAACUGAACUUGCAUCAAACGAUGAUGAAAGACAAGGGAUUGCGCUAGCAGAUCAAGCUUUUGCAUUCAUCUUUGAUUGUCAUGUAGAAAAAGAUGUAAUGGAAAGGAAUAAAGUACCAAAAGAUCUCCUCGUUCAAAGUCUGGUAAAGCUUCAAAAGAGUGACCGAAAAGAUCUCGUCAUGGAGGUGAACUUUUGGUUAGGUCAGACAUAUUACCGCCUCCUCACACAGUGUCCAAGACAAAAAGGAACGGAAGAAAAAGCAAAAGAAUUUUAUAUGAAAGGUGUUAAAGCAUUAGCAAAAGUUACCAGAUUUAGAAAGGAUGACGACUUUACAAAGACAUAUGUAUCCCCAGCAUGGGCUUUUCUUGGUCUUUUCCUAUCAAGAAGAGGAACAAUUAGGGACGAGAAUGGAAAAUCGACAGAGAAAACCAUUGAGCAAAUGGACGAUGACAUCAAACACCAUUUGAAGGAAUUAGGUCUAAUUCAGUUUUUAGAAAAUCCUGAAGAUUGCUUUAAAAAGGGUCUUCAGUGUGGUAUAGAAGCAAACGAAGAACCGUUCAAAGAAUCAAAACUCUCUACUGAACUAUUAAUUCGAUACGCAAUUUUUCUAAAAUCUAAAAGGAGAUAUAAAGAAGCUUUAGAGAAAAUUGACGAAUCUUUGGAGAUUGAUAAAAGCCAGGGAAACUGGUUUGCUUGGACAGUAAGAGCAGAUAUUUUAUUCAAAUUAGAUCGAAUAGAUGAAGCAAUCAAAGAUAAGGAAAUAGCGUGCUCUUGGAAUGCAAGUACCCAAGAUCUUUGUGAACUGGCCAAAGCAUACCAAGAGAAAUACAAGUCAUACAAAACAACAGAUGAAAAAAUGGCAGAUGAAUUUCUUUUGAAAGCCUCUGGAUGUUUUCUUCAAGCAGUAGAAAGCCUUAGGCAGCAGAAAAGACCAGAAGUGCAUCGUGCUUACGGCAGAUUCUUACGCGAAAUAGGAGAAGUUAGAGAAGCUAUAGAAUGUUUUAAGAGAGCAAUGGAGGUUGACACUGCCAACAAAGCAACACAAAGCUUUAUUCAAUUAUUUGAAACACUUCUUCAAUUCUAUCAAAGCUCUGUUUUAUCGGACAAUAAAGAUGAAAGUGAAAUAAACAAGUUAUUGCAUGAAAUGGCCUAUUUUUAUGACGUGGCGUUACGAAUACAUGGUCAAUUAAUAAAUGAAACCAAACAGUUUUUGAAAGAUUUUCAAGUGGAAAUGUCUGUUUUGACAGCUUACUUUCAAUAUUACAGAAAUAAUUCUUCGUUUCAUAUCAACGAUAAAAGCUUAUCCGAAAUUAUUACUUCAGCAGUUGAGCCUGAAAACAUUGACAUAUGGAAAGAGAUGGUAGAGAAAAAAAUAGCGCAAUUUGAAACCCGAGAAAAGUCGAAGAAGUCUGACGGAAAUGCAGAGGGAGUUACAUUUUGUUCGAAAUGUAAAUGUCAGGUCGGAUAUAAGAGACAACUUUCGGCUUUUCCUGUGCCGCCCGAGAGACCCCGAAAUAUAAGAUACCCAUACGAUUUCUAUGUUAUAUUUUCACCACUUGACAGAGAUUGGGUUUGUCACGUGUUGUUGCAAACUCUAGAAGUAUCAUAUGGAUAUAAAGGCGCCGUAGCGGAAAGAGAUACAAUUCCAGGUUCCAUGGAUAUAUUUAAACGCACAUCCUUUAUUCAGAACUGCCCUAAGAUACUUGUAGUGUUGCGCACAGAGUUUGAAGACUAUCCUGAAUGUAACUAUGAGUUGGCUCAUGCUCUCCAUAGAAUGAACGAUGGAAAAUCGGAAAAUUUAGUGAUCCCAAUAUGUCGUACCAUUAAUGGUAUGCACCCAAGUCUUAAGACUAUAACGUACUUGGAUGCAGUAGAUGAUUGUGAUUGGAAUAAGCUGAUCAAGGCAUUGGAGCUGAAAUGAUUGAUAGGAAUAUUACUUCAUACUAGUUUUAAACAUCUACUAGUCUGCUUCCUCCUCUUUUCUAACAUACAUGAUAAGGGACUUGCAUCUGAGAAAAGCUGGCUCUGCUGUCUUGAGAAUUCAUUGACUUCUCUCUCUCAAACACACCAUCCUACAAGAAAUUAGUUUAAUUCAGUAUACAAGGUAAUAUUUCUGAUUUACAUCAACCCAAAUACACACAAGAUAAAAACAUUAUUUUUUUUCUCCCACGUAUGCAGAGUCAAUCAAAUUGACUAUGUACUGUAGAACAGAAAAUUGCAAUAUAAUCAUUUUCAAUAGUUGAAUUCAAAGUAGUAUUCACACAAGUAUGACAUGUAAAGGGUAAGAAGUAGACAUCUAGAAGUUCGUUACUUUGCUGUUAUGUCAGCAUAUGAUUUUUGUGAAGCAAAAAGGACAAGGAUUACUACACGAGAUCACGAUAGGAGACAGUUUAAGUAAAAUACCGGUGUAGAAGAUAAUUGCUGAGACUUACCGUUAUGUAAAUUAAGCUAUCUUGGACAGUGUGCAUUUUUCUAGAUUCUAUGAAAGCACCAGUAGUAAGGCGAUUUACAAAUGAAUGUAUAUAUUGUUCAAAAGUAUAACGGUAUUACGCAAAUAGUACACUGUACUUUUCAGUAAAUUAUACUUAUUUUAUAGUCUAUUUUUAUGCUGAAAUGUUUGUUUGUUUGUUGUUUAACGUCCCUCUCGAGAAUUUUUCAGUCAUAUGGAGACGCCACCACUUUGCGGUGGAGUGCUGCAAAUUUUGACCUAUACUCGGCACUCAGGGCCAUUGAGUAGUUUGGGAUCUCUUUCGUGCCAGCACCUACUGCGACACGGGAUCUCGGUUUAUAUGUUUCAUCCGAAGGACCGGUCUUCACGUCCCACGGUGGGAUUCGAACCCGCGACGUAAGGAUCAACUCCUUACUACAUUAUGCUGAAAUGUGUCAUUUUUCUAAACGAUGAAGCCCUGAGAUAUAUAGGAUCUCCCAUGAUUUGUAGUUGGAUAUGAUUUUUAUCCAACGAGUUGUGUGUUUUUUAUCCCCGAGCCUUGGCGAGGGGAUAAAAACACACAACGAGUUGGAUAAAAGUCAUAUCCAACUACAAAUCAUGGGAGAUUCUUUUUAUCCCAUGUUUUAUACUUCACAACCAAUGUUUUACACUGUUUUAUAUAGGACUCCACUUUAUUUUACUUCAUCGCGCUAACGCAAAAACCAUUGUGACGUCACAACUGUGGAUUAUGAAAAAUUUAUCCAAUGAGUCAUAUCCACGGGAUAAAGGGGUAAACAUGGGAUAAAAAUUUAUAACGUAAUGUCAAAAAUGCAUAUAUAUACUAGGCAUGGGUAUUUUCAUGUAGAAUGGUUGUAUAUUAACAUUUUUUUAUUUUUAAUUUUAUACACUUUGUUUUGCAAUCAAUUUUUAUU